AUCUGAAACGUUCAAAUACAAUAAAACAAAAUAGCAUCAAGAUUAAACUCCAGGCUUGAUUGAUGGACGCAUAAAUAUCGACUUCCAUUCCGUUUCAAGUGGAUUUAUUUAUACCACAGUCCACAAACACACUCCAGCCGCAACGGACAUGGUUCCCGAACGAAUCUCCAUUUGACAUAACAAUGUUCAACUUUUUCAAAAGAAAGACCAAGGCCGAAAGCGCGGGAACGCCCGAGGCCGCUCGAAAACAGGCGAGCGCGGGUGUCGCGCAGCUAGACUCAGUCGCACCGCGCGCGCUGCCCGACGACAAUGAGGUAACGAACGAAAAAACUGGCACAAUACGGAAAGAUGUAGUUAACCUCCUGCUACCAGACACAGACUACAACCAGAAGACCGGCGUCGGCGCGUUCCUCCAAAUCAUGGGUCGAAAGAAACGUAAUAAAAGGAAACGCGACUCGUUUCGCGCGCAAGAGCAAAAUCCAAAGCGCAACUCGCUAGAUCGAGUCGAAACGAAUGCGCCCACUCUUGCCAAAAAUACACAAGACGCGCCACGAACGUCAGACGAUCCAGCCGACUUCGUCAAAGCUCUCGUACUGCAAAAGUACGCAAAAACCGAGCCCAAACAACAACACGUGUCCCUCGUGUACGUGAACGAACCGAAUUUGGACGAAAAACGACAUGCCGAGGCACUGCUGCGCGAGAUCGCGAAGAGCAUAGACUGUAAUAUAGACAUAAAUGAUAAACAAAUGGGAACCGAAAAUAGCAAGCCAAAUAGCAAGCCCCACGAGCCGCACUACGAGACGGUUGAGGACAAACAGAUUGACACAUACAAAAAUGACCUUAAAGGGGAACUGGAGAAGUUACUACAAGACGAGAACAAUGAUUGUGGCGAUAAAAUAGACAGCGAAGGUCUAGAAUCCUCUGCAUUUAUGAAGAAGUCAAAUCUGAAGCCUCCACGGUCGGACAAUGAAGGCUGUUCAGAUGAUGACCGUUCGGAUAACGGCAAAAAACGGGUGACGUUUCGGAAGCAUAUAGUUUUCGAUGAUGGUGAACAGCAGACUGAUGAAGAAGCGGAUUCAUCAUUCGAAUCCCUUACUUCAGAGGAGAAUGAAUAUUUAGAAGAUGUUCCUGAAGAUGAAGGCUAUGGGAAUGAUAAUAAAACAGUUAUUAGUAUAAAUAGCCAGCCCUUGAUAAGGAUAGACUGUGUGAGCGAUCUUAAACGUAUUACGAGUGACAACAGUGAUAGUGGUUUUCUGGAGUGUGAUAAAGAGUCCGGUGAUGAGACUAGUGAUGUGAAAAGUAUAAUAGAGAGUGAGAGUGAGGAAGAAAUCAUGGAGGAUAUGCAAGACGAGAUGGAAGAGGACAGAGAUAUGGUGGUCGUGGAAGCGGAACCGGACACGAAAACCCUAGUCAACCAAGAGAGCAAGUUCCAAGCACAAGUGGCCGCGCUGACCGAGCUAGCAGACAACCGAUGCGAUGAGAUAGAAAGAGCAAGGGAUAUUAUUGCGUCCUUCAGGAAAGAGAUAGAUGCUAAGGACCAGGAGAUUGAGCAACUAAAAAGCGACCUUGCAGCCGCUUACAAAGAGUCGGAACUCAUUCGGCAAAGGAGCAGGUCGUUGGAGGAAGAACUUUCAGCUGCUAGGAGCUGUUCUGCAGAUUUAGCUGACCAGUUGAAUAGACGGAAUGACGAAGCAAUAAGACAAAUCCGUGCAGAAUUAGAAGAUUCGCACAAUCGAUGCGCGGAACUUGAGUCCAAAGUCCAAUUGCUAGAGCGAGACAAAGAUAGGUUAGAGCAGGAGAAACUUAUACAAGAACAGAAGGCGCAAGAGGCGUUGUCAGCAGCAGAAGCGAAUAUAACAAAAUGGCGGACAGCGCACGAAGCAGCUCGGUCUCAAGCCGCUGCUCGAGCAGAGAGGAUAUUGUCGGACUGCGAGUGGAAGAUGAGGGAGUUGGAGAAGCGGGCGAGGGACGCGGAGAGGGAGAGGAAGGAGCUAUCAGAAACAGUAGAAGAACUAAAAGCAGCCCCACCCCCAUCCCACGUCGCAGAGUUACAGCAACUUCGAGGGCUAGCGUCAGAACAACAACGUUCAGUGCAAUCCCUUACUUUGCAAUUACAAAGGGUUGAAACAAGGGAGGAGACCUUGAAACUAGAGGUGCAUAGACUGAAGGAUUUGUUGGAAAGGGAGGGGAGGUUGGUUAAGGAGAAGGAAGAACAACAUGCUAUAGCAAUAGACCGCCUCAACCAACAACACGCAAAUCACAUAGACUCUAUAAAAGCUGAACACGCUGAGGCACUAGCAAGUGCGGCCAGCGCAAGGUCCAUGUUAGAACGGGCGCAUGCUGAGAAAACGAGGACAGCGCUGUCCAAUUUAAGGGCUGAGGCUGAGAAAGACGCUAGGAACGCUGAGAGGAAGCUGAGAGAGGUUACUACAAGGUUUGAGAAUCUAAAAGAAGUGCUAGCAUCGAAAGAAGCUCAAUUCGAACAUGCAAUCGCUGAAGCACAUAGCAAAGCUGAUUGGGACAUAAUGCAAUUGAGGCAUUUGCUGGACAAAGCUGAUAUCAACUAUGCUAAUAAUGUUGAGAGUCUGAACGAGAGAUUUGAGAAGGAGAAAGAGAGAUUAAUAGAAGAAUGGUCGACAAAACUUCGCCUUGUGGAAGAACAAGCCACAUUAGAUGCAGAAGAAUCUAAAAAACUAUUAGAUACAACAAGAUCCAAACUAAUAGCUGAGAAAAAUGACCAAAUUAAUAAACUUAAAGAACAACAUCGACAGGAAAUGGACGAGCAAUGGGAACAAUUUAUGAUAGACAAAGAGAAUUGUCUCGAACGAAUGAAAUCUGAAUGUCGGCAAGAGGGAGACGAGGAGAGAGUGAGAAGGGAGAAGGAGCUUUUGGAGGAGAUUGCAGCAUUGAAAUCCCAAGUUCAGUCGAAAUCAGUUGAAUUUGAGGAUUUGGCGGUAAAAGCGGCGGCUUGUGGCCGAACGUUAGCUGUCACUGAGCAGGAAUUAAGAGAGGCACUAGAGCGAGAGAGAGAUUUGCGCCAGAAGAGGAGCGAUGAUGCUGUGAAGAUUAAGGAGGCUGAAAAUGGUUCGAGGGAUCAAAUUGAGCAUUUGACGAGGAAAUGUGCAUGUUUGAGAAAACUUUUUGACGACAUGCGCGCCCGCCUCGCGGCCCGCGAGCGUGCGGCUGAAGCGGAGUCGAAAGCCAAAGAUAAGGAGUUACAUCACUUGAGGACUGAAGUUGCUAGACUAACUAAGAUUCUUGUGGAACAGAGCGCGCCAAAACUCGGCAUGCGCACUCGGGCGGACGGUUGUGAAACUUCAAUGAAAAUUGAUGAAAAAGAACAAGAAAUACAAGCGGCGCCGCGGAGAAAGGGUGGAGUGCUAAAAACUCCAGAACUCGCCCGCAAGCGGCCGACAUUACCAGAAUUACAACCUCUCCCGCCAGAACUACGUCCAUCUGUCAACGAUGAUCAAAAUGGCCGCCGACGCGCGAAAAGCGUCGACCUUCCAGCUGUACAAGUGCCCGUCAGAAUAAAACAACUGGAGGAACGGAAUAAAGAAUAAAUAGAUCUCUUAACACGCUUUUAUUGGCUUCACCAGUAUGUUUGUAACCGAGUCCUAUAAAUUUUGACUCACAUUAAACAGUUUUAAUUCAAA